GAAUUACUCGGUGAGUGAAACAAGAGCGGUGCGAAGUGGGGUGUGAGAACGACUUUGAGAUUUUGCUCAAUCACGUUAUUUUAUAAUAUCCUUUCACCACGGAUAUAUCAAUCUUCAUGAAUUUUUUAGAAUGCGCUGAGAGAAACACUGCACGAAUAGCAACCAAUAAUCUUCAUUAUCGUCGCGUGCCGCUUCAAAAUGUCUAAUACUUUUACACCGUUUGUAUAUUGGGCUCAGACAGAGAGUCAGAUCACGUUAAAAGUAGACCUGACCGAUGUUAAGGAUAUUAAUGUCGAUGCGGAGAACAAUUUACUGGAAGUUACAGCCUAUGGUCAAGGAGCGAGAGGUUGGAACAAUUAUAGCUUCAGUCUGAAUCUUCAUUCACCUAUUGACCCAAAUGAAAUUAAUUACAAAGUGAUCGAUCGUCAAGUGGACUUCAUCCUGAAAAAGAAGUUCAACGGUUGGUGGCCAAGAUUAAUAAGUUAUCCGCAAAAGCCCUCAUGGCUGAAAAUUGACUUUGACAAGUGGAAGAGCGAAGACAUGGAUGACAAUGAGGACGAAAAGCGUGAUAUUCGUUACGACUAUCCGGACACGUUUGAAAAGUUGCUCAAGGAAGAAUUCGGGUAUACAAAAGAGGAAUAUGCAAAAGCAUACCUAAUCAUAUACAAUCUCUUUCAAUUCGUUGGAUUUAUUUACGUGCUAGCUGUAAUGGGUAUACGAUAUUCACGAGACGGGCCAGAUUCCAUUAAAGAUACGUACGCGGCGGUUGGCAAUCCGUUCAAGUUUAUACAGCUUUUACAGUUUUUAGAGGUGAUGCAUCCUUUGUUCGGAUACACGAAGAACAGUUUACUCGUGUCUUUCCUGCAGGUCGGAGGUAGAGCGUUUGUAUUGUUUUGUAUGAUCGAUGCCGAGCCUCGUAUGCAGACCAAGAACAUAGUUUUCUAUCUGUUCCUCUUGUGGAGCACGAUAGAGGUGGUCAGAUAUCCUUAUUACAUUACGCAAUUAUUGAAUAUUAAAAUAUCCUUCUUAACUUGGCUGAGAUACACGAUAUGGAUUCCGCUUUACCCGACGGGCUUCUUUUGCGAGGGUAUCGUGAUAUUACGGAAUAUCCCGUACUUCGAGGAAACCCAGAGGUUCACCGUUUCGUUACCGAACAUUUACAAUUUCACCUUCCACUUCCCGUCUUUUCUGAGAAUUUAUCUACUCUUACUUUUCAUACCCGGAUUGUACACAAUGAUGUCCUACAUGAUACGAUCGCGCUCUAAGAAACUUGGAUAUUCUAGUUCUAAAAGGGAAUAGAUUGUGAUUAGUUUUAAGAAUUACCUUUACAACAUUCUUUAUAAUAUAUGCUUUCUUGUAAUUACGAUGUAUGGGGCUUUUUCAAUAAAAUAACGAUGGUAUUUUUUAAA